AUGGCUAGCCAGAGAAAGUCGCACGUCUUCCGGGUGACAGGCACGUCGAGGGAGCUGCCCGAUGGAGAUCUCAAGACAGCAUUGCAAGAGGCACUCAAUAACAACUUCGCCGACGACGAGAGAUCGCAUAUCCAGGCGGAGAUCACAAUCGUGCCUUCAUGCUACGACAGUGACACACAGAGGGUGGCGCUGGUCCAAUUUCGCGGUGGGGUGCCUCAGUUCCUCCAUGAGCUGAGAGUCGACCCUCUGGGAGACUGGCAGGUCGAGAUGGGAGACAAUGGCAUCGACUUUGACUGCCACUUCUUUGGAUUUACCCAGCUCUACGCGCCAAAGGAGAAUGAACCAGUGGUCGCCGAGUAA